UGGUUGUUCAACAACAAGAAAAAGAAGGAAAGGAAGGACAUGAUAAAGUAUGGGAGGAAAUGGACGCCUAGAAUGGUGAUCUACCAGGAGAAUCGGGAAGAGGUGCUGAAGAGGAUCGAGGAUGAGUCCGGGGCAAAGCCAGGAGAUCCUGGUAUGUUCAAGCAUUAUCAGGCGGCUGUGAAGAGAGUCAUGGCUGAAUUGUCCGACGACGAGUUGGAGAAGGUGAAAGAAACCGCCAAAGAAUGGUCCAACAACUGUCCUCCUCCCCAUUCACGUUCAAAG